AUGCGGGUCCCCUCGCCGGCUCAAUCGUCCCUCAAAUGGCUCGGUUCACUUAAAGCCACUCAGCUCCAACGAAUUGCGUUUUUAACUGGGGUAUCGUCCUCCGGGACAAAACUGGCCUUGAUCGAGCGUAUAACGAAAGCCCUCUCUUCACCUGCUCAUGCGCUUUUGAAUACCACAGGUAGAGUACAGAAUGACAGGCGAGAUGUCCACGAUGGGAGGCUGAGCAUCCUAAGCAUCGAUAUGGGAAUCAGGAAUUUAGCAUAUGCACAUUUACUUGCUUAUCCCGAGAGAAAUAAAGAGAAGGAUGGUCGUUCAUUGUCUUUACAUUCUCCAAUCCUUGAUGCGUGGAAUCGCCUGGUUAUAUCAGAAUUUCCGAACCAUUCUACUUCCAAAAUUGAUAUGCUCGCACCAUUAGCGUUGCUGGGCGGGAAACAUAGAAACAGUGAGGCGGAAUGUAAGCAUCGGGGGUCAUCAGAAGUCGAGUCAGAAGUCGAGGAAGUGGACACAAUAUCCACCGCAGAAAAAGAAUCUUUUGCUCCCGAUAUAUACGCCUCUCAUGCAUAUACACUUAUCACUUCUCUCAUUGACGCUUUCCGACCGACUCAUGUUCUCAUAGAACGGCAGCGCUUUCGCACAGGAGGGGGAAGUGCAGUUCAAGAAUGGACUAUUCGCGUUGGCGUUUUCGAGGGCAUGCUUUAUGCCGUACUACAUACGUUGAAACGAGAAUCCAAGAAUGCCGAUCUGAAUAUAAUGGUGCAGGGCGUUGAACCACAAAGGGUGGCAAGGUACUGGAUAGAAACAGACCCUGAAAUGGAGGCGAAGGUAAAAGAGAAAAAGAAGAAGCCAACGUCAAAGGAAGGGAAGAAGGCAAAAGUUGAUCUAGUCGGAAGAUGGAUUUCUUCUCCUACAGACGACGGGAGUGAAAAGCUUGCUAAAGUUGGGAUUGAAGCAAAUAGUCAGGCAAAUGGAAUGGCGGAGGCAUUCCUGAGAAAAUGGAGAAAGGGACGGAAAGGACCUGAAGUGGUUGGAGCUUCAGAGGACGCCUUGAUAUCAUCCACCGGACUCAAGCCGACGAAAUCUGUUAAGCGUAAGCGGAAAGGGGAUGCUUCUAACACCAACCCCACUACUGCGACAAACGGUCAGGACCAAGUCGAUAUCGGCAAGCUUGAUGACCUGGCAGACUGUCUUCUUCAGGGUGUCGCUUGGCUGGAGUGGCAAAGGAUGCGGGAACGGAUUAUAGCAGAGGGAGUGGAUGGUGUUCUGAGUAUAUGA